AUGGAUAGCUUACAGAACAUGGAUAAGGUUCUUACUAAAUUGAACCAUUCAAUUGAUUUGGAGCCGGAGGUGGAGGAGAAGGGGAGUUGCGAUUGUGACCGCCAUGAUCUAGGCAAGAGCUGUGGGUCUUGCGGAUACCCUCUAAACUUAUCAUCUUUGAAUCGCAUCACCUCUGGCAUAGGAUCUGAGUAUCAGAAAUCCAUAAAGAAAGGUUUUAUCUCUUUCCUUUCUGUUGAUCUAAGUCGAUUCACACAGGUUGAUGAGGUGAAUUGCUUUCCUGUAUCUUGGGGACGUUAUGGUUCAAAAACUAAACUCUUAUGUCGUAAAUGUGGGGUUCAUAUAGGCUAUGGAUAUGGCUACUCACCUGCGCUUUGUGGUUUUGACUCCCCUAAUACAACUAGCUCAGCGUAUAAAAAGUUCACUAUAAAGGUCCGAGCGCUACAGCCUUCAGAAGAUUGCCAAUAA